AUGGGACACUCCGGCAUCCGAAAUUUCAUAGCGGCGAUGUCCACCAGUCUCAACUCAAGCGGAGUCGGAGUUGGUGUUGCCGUCUUGGGCGGACCCGUCCCCGCCAUUCCCUUCACAAGCCGAGUCGGCGCCACCGUCCCAAUCACAGCUGGGUUUCACGUCUGCACCGUGGCCAACACAAGCCGAGGCGAAAAAGAGCUUCAAACGCAAGUGUAUUCCGACAGUGAUCUCCUUGAUGCCUGUGAGAAGGGAGAUUUGAGCCGAGUCAAAUCCAUUUUGUCUGAUCCCCGGGCAAACAUCAACUCAAUGACGAAGGGCGAUAUGACAGCGGUGAUGCUUGCAGCAGUGGAAGGACAUAGAGAAGUGUUUGACCUACUCGUCAGAAAAGGUGCCGACUUGUCGUUAUUGGAUAAUACAGAUGCCAGCAUCCUUCAUUUGGCUUGUGAGGGAGGAAAUAUUGGGAUAGUCAAGUAUGUCCUCACACAAAACAUUGUGGCCAUCAACAGUCGGGAUGAGGAAGGGACUACGCCAAUAAUGCUUGCAGCCUCUAACGGUGAUAACGGUGUCUUUGACGUUCUUGUGGAGGCAGGUGCAGAUCUAUCCCUUCUGAAUAAUAACGAAGAUGACAUCCUUUAUUUAGCCUGUGAAGGGGAAAAUGUUGAGAUAAUCAAGUACCUACUGACACAGGGCAUUGUGGACAUCAACAGAAAACAGAAUGGGUGCACGACAGUAAUGGAUGCAGCAUUGGCCAAAAAUAAGGAAGUGUUUGACUUAUUUGUAAAAGAAGGGGCAGAUCUAUCACUAUUGAGUGAUGACAAAAACAACGUCCUUCAUUUGGCCUGUUUUGGAGGAAAUGUUGAGAUAGUCAAGUCCCUCCUCACAAAGAACAUUGUGGACAUCAACAGUCAAGAUGCCUAUGGUCGCACCCCAGCAAUGAUUGCAGCACACAGGGGACAUAAGGCUGUGUUUGACUUGCUUGUUAACAAUGGGGCUGAUCUGAGAAUUGUCGAUGAUGUUGGUGAUAACAUCCUGAAUAUGGCCUGUGUUGGAGGAAAUUUUGAGACAGUCAAGUAUGUUAUCGCACAAAACAUUGUGGACAUCAACAGUCAAGAUGCCUAUGGUCGCACCCCAGCAAUGAUUGCAGCACACAGAGGACAUAAGGCUGUGCUUAGAAUGCUUAUCAAGAAAGGGGCCAAUCACAAGUUGGUGUCAAUGGUGAAACCGAUCUUAAAACCCCCUGUCUAUUGCUGA